AUGGAGAAGCAGGUGCCCCGCCAUCGGAAGCAGGCGGGACGGUGCAUCUCAGGGCGCGUGGCAGAUCCAUGGGCCCAGCGAGCAAGGCCUCGUGAACGCCGUUUGGGCCUUCGCGAAGCCGCAGCUUUCGCGUGCGCUCUCCACGGGUGCAGCCUCCGCCGUGGUCCAGGAAAAGCUUGCGAGGCUCACUCCGCGGUACCCCAGCAACAUCUCCCGGACCCUCUGUGCACCAAAAGCACAUGGCCCCGAGCCCAGCUUUCCUCGCAGCUUCUUGCGCUUUGCACUGCCAAUUGCCAAGAGUUGGGCGCCGAGACAUUGCCGACUCCGGCGGUCGCGAGGAUGCCACGUUUGCUUUGGACCUGUGCUGCCUUACUCCAGGUCGCGAGCGCUGGCGUGGCUUUCGUGAGCCCGGUGAAUCUGGGUGCUGGGGCAGGUUUGGCUCCGAGAACGGCCACUUCUUCCACAUGGAAAGCCACAGCAUCAGACUCUUGGCGUGAAGCCUCUGGUGCGAGCGUCUCACUUGCAGCCGCCCUCCUUGUGGGAGCCAGUUUCGCCAGAGCAGUGUCCGCAGAACGAAUGACAUCGCUGUCCAUGGCGGCACACCGCAAGCCCACCAAAAAGGGCCGAAAGAUUGCCGUCAUUGAGUGCGUGGAGCAGAGGCAGAUGGUCAAGGACGGCGUGCCAGGUGCUGGUGGACCCCGUGGAGGCGUCAGCCGCUACUACACAGAGAAGAACGUCCGCAACACACCCGAGCUCCUCAAGCUCCGCAAGUUCAACAAAUACCUUGGCCGCCACACCCUCCACGUGGAGAUCAAGUGA